GGCUUCCCAAAGUGCCAAGGUCUGAGAUUACAGGCAUAAGCCACCAUGCCUGGCCUAGUGUGUAUCUUUUAACAUUAAGUCUCUCUGGUUUGGCUUUAUUCUCCCUUUUGUGAUUUUUAAAAUUUAUGGCAAAUGCUGCCCCAUAGAUGUUCAACUGAAGGAUCUUAACAACAAUAUUAGUUCCACAUUUGUCCUGAGACAAGAAUUGUACUGGUACUAUUUCUGCCCUUUUGCCUUUAGAUAAGUUACAACCUAUUUAAACCUCACUUCACCAUCCAGGAAGCUCACUGCCUUUGCUCAUUUGAGAAUGGUGGUGAGGACCAUCACUAAUGGAUGUGCAAGAUACUUGCAAACCGUAAAACAUUACCCACUUAUAAAGGUAGGAUAUAGGUUGCUACUUCUGUUUUUCAUUUUUUAGAGACAGGGUCUCACUGUUUGAGACCCAGGCUGGUUGCUUCGCUGUUGCCCAGGCUGGUCUUGAAUUCCUUGCCUUGAGCUACCUUCCCGAGUUGCUGGAAUUACAGGUGUGAAGCACUGUGCCCAGCUGGUUGCCGCUUUUAGUGUUGUUCACACCUGUUCUUAUUUUGAUUUUGUGGAUUUUUAAGAUUCCAGUUCAAAGUUAAGCACCUAAGAGCAUACGUUAAGGUGUAGAGAAUAACAAAGAAUGCUUGCCUUUCAGAGUCAUCCUUUUUGAACUUCCAUGACUCAGACUGCGAACCCAAGGGAUCACCACCCUGUGACUCCUUGCUUUCCCUCAACACUGAAAAGAUCCUGAGCCAGGCCAAGUCUAUUGCAGAACAAAAGAGAUUCCCGUUUGCCACUGAUAAUGACAGCACAAAUGAAGAGUUAGUGGUCUCUAUGAUGAAGCAAUACGGCAUUUUUCAACAAUGCUUCAGGAGGAGCCUGAUCUGGUUAGUGCAAUUUAUGGCCGAGGGAUAGCCUAUGGAAAGAAGGGACUACAUGACAUUAAGAAUGCUGAGCUUGCUCUGUUCGAACUGAGCCGAGUAAUUACCUUGGAACCAGAUCGUCCAGAGGUAUUUGAGCAGCGAGCAGAAAUCCUGUCCCCUCUGGGACGAAUUAAUGAAGCAGUGAAUGACCUCACUAAAGCUAUUCAGCUGCAGCCCUCAGCACGGCUGUACAGACAUCGGGGAACCCUGUACUUCAUAUCAGAGGACUAUGCAACAGCCCAUGAAGACUUUCAGCAGUCCUUAGAACUGAACAAAAACCAGCCUAUAGCUAUGCUAUACAAAGGUUUAACUUUCUUUCACAGAGGACUUCUGAAGGAAGCUAUUGAAUCCUUCAAAGAAGCUUUGAAGCAGAAAGUUGAUUUUAUUGAUGCAUAUAAAAGUCUAGGACAGGCCUAUAGAGAACUGGGCAAUUUUGAAGCAGCCACGGAGAGCUUUCAAAAGGCAUUGUUGCUCAACCAAAAUCAUGUGCAAACCCUCCAGCUCCGGGGAAUGAUGCUCUACCACCACGGCAGCUUACAGGAAGCCCUUAAGAACUUUAAGCGGUGUCUGCAGCUAGAGCCGUAUAAUGAAGUGUGCCAGUAUAUGAAAGGCCUCAGCCAUGUUGCCAUGGGACAGUUUUAUGAAGGGAUAAAAGCACAAACAAAAGUUAUGCUGAAUGACCCUCUCCCAGGCCAGAAGGCUAGCCCUGAAUAUCUUAAAGUGAAGUAUCUCCGAGAAUAUUCUCGAUAUCUUCAUGCACACCUUGAUACCCCACUUACGGAAUAUAACAUUGAUGUGGAUCUGCCUGGAAGCUUUAAGGACCAUUGGGCUAAAAAUCUGCCUUUCCUCAUAGAAGACUAUGAAGAGCAGCCAGGGUUGCAACCCCACAUAAAAGAUGUGUUACAUCAGAAUUUUGAGAGUUAUAAGCCUGAAGUACAGGAGCUGAUUUGUGUGGCUGAUCGUUUGGGAUCCCUGAUGCAAUAUGAAACACCUGGUUUCCUGCCAAACAAGAGAAUACACAGAGCUAUGGGUUUGGCCGCAUUGGAGGUCAUGCAAGCCGUGCAACGUACAUGGACCAACUCGAAAGUUCGAAUGAAUGGAAAGACACGGUUGAUGCAGUGGAGAGACAUGUUUGACAUUGCAGUUAAAUGGAGAAGGAUUGCUGACCCGGACCAGCCAGUGCUGUGGUUAGAUCAAAUGCCAGCACGAAGUCUUAGCAGAGGUUUUAACAACCACAUCAAUUUAAUCAGGGGUCAGGUGAUCAACAUGAGAUACCUGGAAUAUUUUGAGAAAAUACUUCAUUUUAUUAAAGAUAGGAUUCUUGUUUAUCAUGGAGCUAAUAAUCCUAAAGGACUGCUGGAAGUUCGAGAAGCUCUGGAAAAGGUACACAAAGUAGAAGACCUUCUUCCGAUUAUGAAGCAGUUUAAUACUAAAACAAAGGAUGGAUUCACCGUGAACACAAAAGUUCCCAGCCUUAAAGAUCAAGGGAAGGAAUACGAUGGAUUCACAAUCACGAUUACAGGAGACAAAGUUGGCAAUAUAUUAUUUUCUGUGGAAACUCAAACCACAGAAGAAAGGACACAAUUAUAUCAUGCUGAAAUAGAUGCACUUUAUAAAGAUUUGACAGCAAAAGGAAAAGUAUUGAUUCUUUCAUCAGAAUUUGGGGAGGCUGAUGCUGUCUGCAACUUAAUCUUAUCCUUAGUUUAUUACUUUUAUAAUUUAAUGCCGCUCUCUCGAGGAUCCAGUGUAAUUGCUUACUCAGUCAUCGUGGGAGCACUGAUGGCAAGUGGAAAAGAAGUAGCAGGAAAAAUUCCCAAAGGGAAGUUAGUCGACUUUGAAGCUAUGACAGCCCCUGGUUCAGAGGCCUUUAGCAAAAUCGCCAAAAGCUGGAUGAACUUGAAAAGCAUUUCACCUUCUUAUAAGACUCUUCCGUCAGUAUCAGAAACAUUUCCAACGUUAAGAUCGAUGAUCGAGGUGCUAAACACAGACUCUUCUCCACGCUGUCUUAAGAAACUCUAGUUCUGCUGUGGUAAUUUAUACAAGUAAAGGGCCGGACCUCUUGCUUCUUAAGUUAUUUUUUAGAACAUGGAAUUAUAAAGAAAUUAGGUCAUCUAUUACUUUUGAUACCAAUUUUUGAUAGGAAUUGAAUACUUGAAAUCAUUUUCUUUACUUUUCUGAACCAUAACAAAAGUCCUGAAAGAGGCUUUCAGGGGAAAAAUCUACUUGACUUGGAGGGAAAGUGUACGUGUUAGCCAGCGGCCUAUUGGUUUCCACUUAUAAAGUCAUAUAACUCCUUCCUUACAGUAAAAAAACAUUUUCUUCAACAACUAAAAAAUAAUGAUGAAGUGAACAAGAACAAAACCAAAUAGGUUUGUAUUCCUUUAGAGAUCUGGAUAUUUUUCAAAGAGUUUCUAUGCACAUUGUGAUAGAGCAUCUUUUGUUGACUCACGCAACCUCCAUGUGUGAGUCCUUUGUUUUAUUUGAACCCUGGUAGAAGGUUCCUGGGCCAUCAGUAUGUGUUGAAGAGCUCACAGCCAGGAGCAAUUAUUUUGAACAAUGCAGGCAGUAUUUGUCAAUGUCCCAAACGCUGAAUUAUUGAACAAUGUGUUUUUUUUCUUUGUUGAAAAAAAAUAAACUGGGGUGAUUUCUAUAAAUCACCAGUGUUUGGCACUGGA